AUGGGGAGACUUAUAGACAUCACAGGAGCUAUUGGAACGUGUUAUCUUGGAGUUCCUCGUACUGCUCGGGUGUGUGAUGCUGUUGUGCAAUCGAGAUGGACUGUACGGGGGCAACGGAGUCGUCAGUUCCAUUACCUGCAUUCUCGCAUUCAGAGAGAACCAGUUCCAGACAUCAAUAGAGGUAAUGAUGUUUUGCUAUGGAAGCAUUCUGAUGAUUCUUAUAAACCAUGUUUCUCUUCUUCACGAACGUGGGAACAGAUCAGAGAAAGAAAACCUACAGUCUUUUGGGGUAAAAGUGUUUGGUUUGCUCAAGGUGUACCGAGGUUCUCUUUUAUUGUUUGGUUGGCUGUUAAGAACAGACUGGCUACUGGAGACAGAAUGAGAGCUUGGGGGCUGCAGCAAGGCUGUGUGCUUUGUGGAGAGCCUGAUGAGACCCAUGAUCACAUCUUUUUCGCCUGUCCGUAUUCUUUUACUAUCUGGGAUAAGUUAGCAAAUAGACUGAGUGGCAACAGGACUGAUCCAGACUGGACAAUCACUCUGCAUUUUGUGGCUGGAAAUAACUUGCAGAUCAUGGACAAGAUCCUACUCAAAAUGGUGUUUCAGACAUCCAUCUAUCACAUCUGGAAAGAAGGAAAUGGGAGGAGGCAUCAGUCGGGGUUUUGA